AUGGCGUGCAACCACGAAUUGUACCUUGCGCCCCAAGUUUUGCUCAAAGCGCGUUUACCGCCGCAAUUCCAACUUCAUGAGCAGGUGAAUUAUUUCAUCCCCAUGAUUUACGGCGAACUGAUAAUUGGUCUGCCGGGAAGUGGCAAGACAACGUACGUAAAAUACAAAAAGGAGUACUUGGCGGGUAGAAACGUGUACACGGUUAAUUUAGAUCCUGGCAGAUGGGAAAGAGACCUGCGUAACGAUGGUGAUGCAGCUGAACCUGGGCAAGGGGAUCGGAAUGGCCUGCAAUACGGGUGCGAAACAAAAUGCAAUUCGGUGCCUCUCGACCUGCCACCGCCUCAAAAGAAUUGUGCGGGUGAACGGUCCGAAGAAAAAAGUGCUGAAACGCGCACAGACCGUUUUAAGUUCGAUUUUGAUAUUACGCAGAAAUACGACACCAGAAAAUACAUGAAGCAGCGUGAGGUAGGACCGAAUCUGGCAGUGAAGAGGAUCAUGGAGGAGUUCGUGGAGGAUUACGAAAAUUUGCGGAACAUCUUUUGCGAUGAGGACCGCUACUACCUUGUAGACACUCCCGGUCAGAUAGAAAGCGUUUUUGUCCUUGACAAGUUGCUGUUGCGGUUGCAGAGGGAUGGCAUCAGGCUGGUGACCGUGUUUCUAUCGGACAUAAAUUCGAUGGCCAGCAUCGAAAGCUUGUCAUACACGUAUUUUGUUACGAUGCAAACGAUGGUAACGCUCAAUAAUUCGCAGGUAAACGUUUUUACCAAGUUGGAUCUUUUGGGCAGCAUACGGCUGAUCGGCAGAUUAAGCAACCUUGUUGAGCUGAAUCUCAGGGUUGGGGAGUACCCUCUGCUCUUCAGGGUGCUGUACAGUUUUAUAGAGAGAGAGUCUCUCAUUGAGUACCAGGUACUGGAGUAUAGCGAGGACGUGCUGGGGUACCUGCAGUUCUGCAUUGAUCAAGCGAGUGGAUUUGUCAACGAGAUAGAGGAUGAGAAUGCGUUAACCGAGUAUUUGAACGGUAUUAAAGAGAAAGAAGACAUACUGCGCGCGUACGAAGAGAAGGAAGAGCAGUUCGAAGAGAAGGAGGAGCAGUUCAAGCGUAGUGCCCGUUCUUAA